AUGAUUUUAUUAAACAUUUUCUAUCCAUUUAAGACACAUGUUCGUCGACGAGCAAAAUCUCUAUCAUGUGUUAAUUUUUCAAAAGUAUGUAAAAAAACUUAUCCAUCAGAUAAACAUAAAAGAAAACUGUAUACAGAUCCAUUUAAAUAUUACAAUAGAGAUAGUGAUAGUAAUGGUGUAGAAAUGUCUAAUGAUAUAUUUUUGACUUCACCAUCGAGUUUGUGUACGACAGAAUUUCCAUCAAUACUACCAUCUGAAAAAUCCAUAGAUGAUUUGUAUACACAAAUUAAACAGAUCUAUGAAACAUUGACGAUUCUGACAGGUGGAGUAAAAAUACUUAGAGAUGAUUUAAUAAGAUUGUCUAAUGGAUUUUCACAAGUUGAAUCUAAUAUAAAUACACACUAUCAAGAACAAAUGAUACUACAACAGUCAGUAGAAGAACAAUAUGCAUUUUUAAGUGGUACAGAAAUGAAUCAACAAAUAUUAGAUCAAGAGUUAACGAAUCUAAAACAAGAUUUUGAAAAUUCAAAAUAUAUCUCGUAUGAUGGAACAUUUGUAUGGAAAAUAAAAAAUGUGACUGAGUUAAUGAAUCAAGCACAAUGUGAAAGUCAGCCAAGUAUCUAUUCACCACCAUUUUAUUCGUCAUCAUGUGGUUAUAAAAUGUGUAUGAGAUUAUAUUUGAAUGGUGAUGGAAAUGCAAAACGAACGCAUAUUUCACUAUUUUUUGUUUUGUUGCGUGGAGAAUAUGAUGCAAUGCUUAAAUGGCCAUUUCAUUUUAAAGUUACCUUUUGUUUAAUCGAUCAAUCAGGACAACAACGACAUAUUAUCGAUUCAUUUCGUCCAGAUAUCAAAUCAAAUUCAUUUCAAAUACCUAAAUCGUUGAUGAAUAUUGCAUCCGGAAUACCAAAAUUUUUUCCUCUACCGAUGUUACAACAAGCGGGAAAUAAUUAUGUAAAAGAUGAUACCAUGUUUCUUAGAUGUAUUGUAGACUUUAAUGACAUGCCAAAAAUGAUUCUUCCAUUUUCAUUAAGUCUCAAUCCUGGUCUACCUGAUCAUAUUCAAAAAUCGAUGAUUAAAGAAGAAAUUGAAAGGCAGCAACAGUCAUCAACAUUACCACCACAAAUUACAAAAGUUUCUGAAUAG